UUGGAUUUGGAAGACCGCCUGGCAAAAUUUAUGAAGACAGAAGAAGCCAUUAUAUACUCAUAUGGAUUUGCCACCAUAGCCAGUGCUAUUCCUGCUUACUCUAAGAGAGGGGACAUUGUGUUUGUAGAUAAAGCUGCCUGCUUUGCUAUUCAGAAGGGAUUACAGGCAUCACGUAGUGACAUUAAGCUAUUUAACCAUAAUGAUAUGGAUGACCUGCAGCGACUAUUGAAAGAACAAGAGAUUGAAGAUCAAAAGAAUCCUCGCAAGGCUCGUGUAACUCGACGUUUCAUUGUAGUCGAGGGGUUAUAUAUGAAUACUGGAACUAUUUGCCCUCUUCCAGAAUUGGUUAAGUUAAAAUACAGAUAUAAAGCAAGGAUCUUUCUGGAGGAAAGCCUUUCGUUUGGAGUCCUGGGGGAGCACGGCCGAGGAGUCACUGAACAUUUUGGAAUCGAUAUUGAUGAUAUUGAUCUUAUCAGUGCCAACAUGGAGAAUUCACUUGCUUCUAUUGGGGGUUUCUGCUGUGGCAGGUCUUUCGUAAUUGACCAUCAGCGACUUUCUGGCCAGGGGUACUGCUUUUCAGCUUCAUUACCUCCCCUCUUAGCUGCUGCUGCAGUUGAGGCCCUCAACAUCAUGGAAGAAAAUCCAGGUAUAACCUUUAAACCCAGGAAAUCAAAGCUAUUUCAAGUCAUGUUAGCCAUGCUGCUGGUUUGCCUUUUUGGAGAAAUUAGCUGGAGGAAAUGAUUUCCCAGACAAAGCUCUGGCUCUGAAUUACAUUAUCUGGCAAUUUAUGGGAAAAAUGAUGGUGAAGAAGUUGUCCCUGCCUCAGGGUUUCCGGGUUAGAGCUUCUCUCAUGUUUCUGGAGAUGAAGCCAGAGCCAAAGCAAAGCUCGCUCCCUUGGUGGGCAGAGAUGCCAGAAAAAGGAGGGACUAGCUCUGGGCCAGUCAUCAUUUAGUUUAUCGGGUUUUUUUGAGAAAUUAGCUGAAGUAUGCUAAUUUUUGGUACUUAUAAUUUUAUAACUGUUGUCUAGUUUUCCCCAUCAGCCUUUGAUUCAUGAGUUGGUGCUGAGGCCAUACAGGUUUACCAACUAUUAAAGCUUGCUUAAUGGGCAGUCGACUCAAUUUAAAAUGUGGUUCUGGGCUGUGAUAGUGCCUCCUCACCAAAGACUAAAAGGAAAAUGGAAAAGCAGGCCUGGUAUUUGUAAUUUUAAAUUUUAUAAAUUUCUAAAGAUUCAGCAUUGGUUUUAAUUCAGAGAAUCAGUAAAAGUGAGUGUUUCUGUGUGCACAUUCAUAUACUUGUCAGAUACCCUGCCACUCCUGUCUCCUCAGAUCUUUCAGUUUGUGGAUUUUCCUUAAA